AUGAUAUUGUUGGAGCCCAGCUUACUCGGAGCUCCUGAUACAUUUAUCUGGCCACUGGACAAGUCAGGCCAGUACACAGUCAGAUCAGGUUACUACUCAGUACAGGCGCCAAAGUACCUUCAAGCUGCACCACCGGUAGAUCGUGGUAUCCCCUGGAACUGGAAGAAAUUUAUUUGGACACCUGAGCUCCUACCAAAGUUGAAGUUCUUUCUCUGGAAAGCAGCCGCGAACGCACUCCCAACUGGGGCAAAUCUCCAGACCAGAGGACUCCUCAACAACACAAACUGUAUCAGGUGUGGAGCAAGGGAAACCAUCGACCACAUUCUGUUCCACUGCAGCUUCGCUAGAGAGGUGUGGGAGAAUGGACCCUGGCGAGUUGCUGUUCUCACUGAUGACUCAUCGUCCUUCAAGCCUUUGAUAGAGAGCGCCCGGAACUGGCACAACCUUCCCCCUUACGGAAUCACGAGCAACGCCUUUCCCUGGUUCUGUUGGAACAUCUGGACAUCCAGGAAUCAAUUGAUCUUCGAGAAGAGAGUAAUCACACCACACGCAACUGCGCUAAAAGCAAUCCUCUCCCAAAAGGAAUGGGAACAGGCGCAAGCAAAUAGACCGUCUACAGCUCUUCCAGUGACCACGCUACCCAGGAUCAUCUGCAAUGAGGAUACCGUCUUCUGCAACACAGACGCCGCAUGGCGAUCAGACCGAAAAGCAGCCGGAUUGAGUUGGAUCUUCACGGACCGGAACGCCCAGGAACUCCACAAAGCGUCCACGCCCCAAGCAAACGUCUCCUCCGCCUGCAUGGCUGAGGCCCUAGCAAUCAGAGAGGCGCUAAUCCAGGCCUCAUCCCUCCAGUUCACCAACAUCUGUCUACGCACAGACUCUCAAGUGCUCGUCAGAGCUAUCACCACGAGAAGACGAUCGACGGAACUCUACGGAAUUUUAUCGGACAUCGACUCGCUGGCGUUCUCCGCUUCCUCCCCCUUCCACUCAUGCUCUUUCACCUUCACCCCGCGGGCUUGUAAUGGGCCAGCGGAUUUUUUAGCUAAAUCAUGUCUUGUUUCUUAUUUGGGCCUGAGGCCAUAA